AAAUAGAGUAGUCUCUGCAGCACCAAAAAAAACAAGACCACCUAAGCCACCAACUUAUAUCAACCAUGGUAGGAAACCUCAAAACCCAAACCCCAACCCACCAUGUCGCCGUCUUGGCCUUCCCCUUCGGAACCCACGCAGGCCCUCUCCUCAGCCUUGUCGUCAGACUUGCUGCUGCCGCUCCACACGUGGUCUUCUCCUUUAUUACAACUUCUAAAGUCAACACCUCCCUCUUCUCCAAAUCACCGUCGUUGAGCCUCCACAAUGUGAAGGCUCACGACAUACCUGAUGGGUUGCCUGAGGGUUUCGUGCCCCCUCGUAACCCUGAGGUGGCUAUUGGGUUUUUCUUUAAGGCAGCGCCAGCGAACUUUAUGAGGGGUCUAAAAGAUGCCGAGGCGGCCACGGGGUUGAAGAUCGGGUGUUUGGUGUCGGAUGCGUUCUUCUGGUUUUUAGGAGAUAUGGCGGAGGGGAUGAAAGUCCCUUGGGUGCCGGUAUGGACGGGUGGACCACGUUCGCUGCUUGUUCAUGUUGAGACAGACUUCAUACGACAUAGACUUGGAACCAGCAGAGAUGGAAAACAAUGUCUUGACUUCCUUCCUGGAUUUUCAAAAGUUAAAAUACCUGACCUACCCGAAGGAGUAGUAGAAAACUUGGGGUCACCCGUCGGAAGCUUAUUAUACCAAAUGGGACAAACGCUUCCAAAAGCAACUGCAGUUGCCAUAAACUCCUUUGAAGAACUGGAACCUGAAGUUGUGAACCUGCUCAAAUCAAGAUUCCAAAAGUUCCUCAACGUUGGACCCUUUAGUUUAAUAGCAUCAUCCCCGUCCCCGCCGUUGAUCAAAGAUGAUAGUGGUUGCCUAGAGUGGCUGGACAAGCACAAGCCUGCGUCUGUUGCAUAUAUUAGCUUUGGAAGUGUAGUAACACCACCACCUCACGAGCUGGCAGCAUUUGCUCAAGCGUUAAUAGAAAGUGGGUUUCCAUUUAUUUGGUCAUUUAGGGGCAACAUAGAGGAUGUAUUGCCCAAGGGGUUUAACAAAAGUGGCCUAAAUGGAAAAAUAGUUCCUUGGGCACCACAAGUGCAAAUCUUGGGGCAUGCCUCGACUGGGGUUUUCGUGACGCAUUGCGGGUGGAAUUCAAUUUUGGAGAGCAUUGUUGGCGGUGUGCCAAUGAUUUGCAGGCCAUUUUUCGGGGACCAAAAGCUAAACAUGAACACUGUAGAGGCAGUGUGGGAAAUUGGAGUAGGGGUUGAAGGAGGGGUCAUUACAAAAGACGGAGCGAUGAUGGCCUUGGAACUGACUUUGAAGCAUAAAGAAAGCAAUAAAAUGAGAGAGAAAAUCAAGGUCCUCAAAAAUCUUGCUCGACAAGCUGCUGUAAGUAAUGGUAGCUCCCCUCGAGCUUUCAGUAGCUUGGUGGAGAUUGUCACAAAAUAAUACAAAAGUUUGUUAAAAAGCUUCGAGAGCAACUGUAAUAUUUGUUUCAAUAACUAUGGUUUUCUUUGGAAAUUGUCACAAAAUAAUGUAAAAUAAUGUAGCCCGGUUUUCUUUCUCUA